UUUCUCGCAUGCAGGGACAGACGUUAUAUUCUAGCGUGGACUAGAGUUGUCAGGGGUCGUACCCCACUAAAGGAUCACAGUAGCGGGGUUGUCAUGCUCCUUCGUGAGCUUGAGUCACUUGUAAAUUCCGGUCCCUCCUUAUAACCCCCCCCUUCUAUAAAACUCGAAGACUUUGAAGAUCAAGAUACCGCCUAAUAAUCAAGAACUAUAAUAUCGACAACCUCGUCCAUCCAUUGACAACCAUUUGAAGCAACCCCGCCUAACCUACACGCCGCCACCCACACCGCCGCCAUCAUGUCCUCCCCAACCCCCAAUUCAACAUUCACCACCCCCCCCCUCGACCGCACCACAGUCGCAACCCUCAUCAGCACCUCCCUCUCUGCCCGCCCCCCCCUCCCCUUCCCCACCCCCACGACCCUCACGACCCUCACCCCAACCCUCCUCUCCCACCUCCCCCCCACCGGCCACCCCCCCACGACCCUGUCCCACCUCCUCACCCUCCCCCCCGCCUUCUCAUCCCCCCUACUCACCCCCGCCUUCUACGCCUUCGUCACCGGCUCCACCCUCCCCAUCGCUGCCGCAGCAGACAACCUCGCUACAGCCCUAGAUUGCAACGUCGCCGUCCACGACCGCGGCGCCUCCCUCGCCACAACUAUCGAAGCGCACACGCUGACCAUGCUGACUGAGCUGCUGCGCCUGUCUCCCGAGGUAUGGGGUGGACGCGCCAUCACGCCAGGCGCGACGGGGAGUAACAUCCUCGCCAUGGCGACGGCGCGGGACGCCCUUCUCGAUCGUCGACUCAAGGCUAGCGGAAGCGCGGAGACAGUAGCGAGUGCGGGGAUCGUAGGAGCGUGUGUGCAAGCCGGGGUGAAAGGGGUGCAGAUCCUCGGUGCGGCGGCGCAUAGUAGUGUGUACAAAGCUGCCGGGGUGUUAGGGCUGGGGCGGGGGAAUGUGAGGGAUGUCGGGGUUGAGGGGGAGCCGUGGAGGCUGGAUUUGGAGAAGGUGAGGAGGGAGGCGGGGAGGGAGGCGGGGAGGGAGGGGUGGGUGAGUGUUGUGGUUGUGGGGAUGGGAGAGGUGAAUACGGGGAGGUAUUUUGGGGGGGAGGAGGAGAUGAAGGGGUUAAAGGGGUGUUUGGAGGAGGUUGCGAAGGGGAGGGCUUGGAUUCAUGUUGAUGGUGCAUUCGGGAUAUUCGCUCGUUCCCUCCCCGAAACAGAAGAGUUCGCCUCCCUUCGCGCAUCAUCCGAAGGGUUGCAAUACGCCGACUCCAUAACCGCUGACUGUCACAAAGCACUCAACACACCAUACGCAUCCGCCAUCCUCCUCACCCGCACCGAAACCGAUCUGAACAACGUCUGCAACAACGGCGCAGCAGCCUACCUCAAGACGUCCGCUACAGACCCCAUCCCCUCUCCCCUAAACCACGGCUUGGAGAACUCGCGCCGCUUCAGCGCUCUGCCUAUCUAUGCUGUGCUGCACGCGCAUGGACGUGAGGGUCUGGCUCUGUUGUUUGCAACGCAGGUGCGUCUCGCGAGGGCGGUGGCGAGUAUGGUGAAGGAACUGGAGGCGUAUGAGUUACUUCCUACUGCGGAGGUGGCGGAGGUGGGUACUAUCGUGCUCUUCCGCCUGAGAGACCAGGGGAGGAAUGAGGAGCUCCUGGGACGGAUUAACGACCAGAAUCGGAUUUAUGUUAGUGGGACCAGUUGGGAGGGGAGGCCGGCAGUGCGGGUUGCGGUUUCGGGGUGGGAGAUGGAUGUUGAGAAGGAUACGAGUGUUAUUCGAGAGGUGCUGAAGGCGGCUGAGUAGUUAAUGAUGUGGGAAGGCCGGUGUUUUAUCACCCGUUGUGAAAGUGUGUGCGGGGAGGUCAACGAUAAAGAAAGUAAUUCAACAUAUAAAGAUAGCGAAAUAUAAUUGGUUUAGUGGUUUGUUUAAGCGCCGGCCUCAAAGGAACAGCUUGAGCCUUGUUAUUACUGGACAGUAUCGUAAUACGAGCGCAAAGAGCGUUUGUUGGAUUUUGGACGGGGAUCAUUAGGCAC